AAUAUCGGCGCGGUCACACUUGUCGAUACUUACUAAAGGUUUUAGGUAAAAAACGACGCAUUCGCCAUGUCCAUGUCAAAAACCACGAACACUUACAAUCGACAGAAUUGGGAAGACGCCGAAUUCCCUAUCCUGUGCCAGACUUGCCUAGGAGAUAAUCCGUAUGUGCGGAUGAUAAAGGAGCGCUUCGGUAAGGAAUGCAAGAUCUGUACGCGUCCAUUCACCAUAUUUCGAUGGUGUCCCGGAUCCCGAAUGCGCUUUAAGAAGACCGAGAUUUGCCAAACGUGUGCACGCCUGAAAAACGUGUGCCAAACCUGUCUUCUGGACCUUGAGUACGGCUUGCCCAUCCAGGUGCGUGACGCGGCACUAAAAGUUUCGGACAAUUUGCCGCAAAGCGAUGUCAAUAAGGAAUAUUAUAUCCAGAACAUAGACGCCCAGCUGAACGAUGGAAAUGGCACUGAAGCAGCAGGGGCAGUCGGCCGAUCCCUUGCUGCCAGUGAGAUGCUUUCCAAGUUAGCGCGCACUGCGCCUUAUUAUAAACGAAACAGGCCACAUAUCUGCUCCUUUUGGGUAAAAGGCGAGUGCAAGCGUGGCGAGGAGUGCCCUUACCGCCACGACAAGCCCAAUGAGCCAGAUGACCCACUGUGCGAGCAAAACAUUAAAGACAGGUACUACGGGCGUAACGAUCCAGUUGCCGAGAAGAUCAUGAAACGGGCAGCUUCGCUUCCCACCCUCGAACAGCCGGAAGACCGCAACAUCACCACUUUGUACGUGGGAAACCUUCCCGAGGAGAUUACUGAGCCAGAACUGCGAGAUGAGUUUUACCAGUUCGGAGAGAUUCGGUCUAUUGCGCUGGUGCCGCGCCAGCAGUGUGCUUUUGUACAAUACAGCAAAAGAAACUCUGCUGAACUGGCCGCCGAGAGAACUUUUAACAAACUGGUAAUACAAAGCCGUAAGGUAAGCAUAAAAUGGGCGCACUCACAGGCAAAACAAGGCACUGCCGCAAAGACAGACAGACGCUUUGAAGUAUCAGGCAUUUCGCCGACUAGCGCUAAGCCCAGCGACUACUUCAAUCUGCGCCAGGAGCAGAUCAAUGUUAUGCCUGCCGGGAUGAAACUGCACGAGCUACCAUCGAACCUUGUUCCGGCGUCAGCAUACCAUAUGUAUGCCCAACCGACCUACGCCGCGCCCUACUGCAACGCCAGUACCUCAAUCUCUUCUAGUUCAGAAGUGGCUCCUGAUCCCAUUUUGAUUCCUCCACCACCUGGCCAAGGACCUUAUCCCAGUCAGGACGCCAGCCGGUUGGGUGCUGUUAAAAAAUAAAUAUAUGGUGUUUCGUUUGUAGAUAAGGCACUUUUUCAAUGAUCCAAUAAACAAAUAUGUCCUGUA